AACGGAGACUCUGGGAAGGUGAGUCCUCUGCUGGGCGAGGACGAGUUCAAGGCGUCCUGCGCCAAAGAGAUGGCCCUGCUGGACCUGAUGGAGAAGACGGGCUACGACAUGGUGCAGGAGAACGGCCAGAGGAAGUUUGGAGGACCCCCGCCAGGUUGGGAGGGUCCGGCCCCCCCGCGGGGCUGCGAGGUGUUUGUGGGGAAGAUUCCCAGAGACAUGUACGAGGACGAGCUGGUGCCGCUGUUUGAGAGGGCGGGGAGGAUCUACGAGUUCAGACUGAUGAUGGAGUUCACCGGGGAGAACCGCGGCUACGCCUUCGUCAUGUACACCGACAGAGAAGCGGCUCAGAGAGCGAUCCAGAUGUUAGAUAACCACGAGAUCCGUCCGGGGAAGUUCAUCGGCGUGUGUGUGAGUCUGGACAACUGUCGCCUCUUCAUCGGAUCCAUCGCCAAAGACAAGAGGAAGGACGAGAUCAUGGAGGAGAUGAAGAAGGUGACAGACGGCGUGGUGGAUGUGAUCGUGUAUCCCAGCUCCACAGAUAAAAGUAGAAAUCGAGGAUUCGCCUUCGUGGAGUACGAGUCCCACAAAGCUGCAGCCAUGGCCCGGAGGAAACUCAUCCCUGGAACCUUCCAGCUGUGGGGUCACUCCAUCCAGGUGGACUGGGCCGAGCCAGAGAAAGACGUGGACGAGGAGGUGAUGCAGCGCGUCAGAGUCCUCUAUGUUCGUAAUCUGAUGCUGAACACCACCGAGGAAACUCUGCGUCACGAGUUCUCCAGCUUCAAGCCGGGCUCUGUGGAGCGCGUCAAGAAGCUCACCGACUAUGCCUUCGUACACUACCGUUGCCGUGACGACGCCUUGGCCGCGCUGAGCCUCAUGAACGGGGCUCUGAUCGACGGAGCGAGCGUGGAGGUGACGCUCGCCAAACCGGCCGGAGUCAAAGACGGGGGCAUGGCUGGUCGGAGGUUCAGUGGCCGGGGUUACCUAGGGACCAGCGCAGGGGCAGGCGGAGGGGGUGGGGCUUAUAUCAUGCACAGGAGCGACGGAACCAUGAUGGACGGAUGCUCUCCACUCAGGACGGGCUCCCUGCCACCACGCCUGGGCAGCCCCUUCUACUCAGGAGCCGAAGACGAAGGCGACAGGUGUCCGUUCCCUCUGUUCCCCGGGACCCCCCUCUCCCCCACCAGCCUGCUGUCACUCAAACAGAGUCAGAUCAGCUCGGCCGUCAGCCUGCUCGACUUCUACUGCUGCAAGAACUUCUGUUCGCCGCCCGAGUACCACCUGUACUCCACACCUGGUCAGGACGGGAGACUGCUGCUGCUCUACAAGGUGGUGAUCCCGUCCACACGCAGUACCUACAUCCCAGACAAGCUGUGUGUGCUGCUGGACAACGCCAAAGAGCUUGCUGCUCAGACAACACUGUGGAACCUGGAGACCACCAGACCCCCGUUAGAGACCACCAGCUCCCCCGUUAGAGACCACCAGACCCCCGUUAGAGACCACCAGCUCCCCCCGUUAGAGACCACCAGACCCCCGUUAGAGACCACCAGCUCCCCCGUUAGAGACCACCAGACCCCCGUUAGAGACCAGCAGCUCCCCCGUUAG